UAAAACAACUCAAGCAAAGUUGUCGGUUGGCACUUAUAAAUUCCCGUACAGGAAGUGAAACAUUUUUGUAAUAUCGAUGUUUCAUAAUGUUUACCAGGUCCAAUAAUGAGCAGCAGAAAAUUGUGGAAUUGAAUGAGGAGUCUCGGGCUGAGAAGGCCAAAAAGAUUGAAGAAUUCCUGAGUCGGACGCAGUCUAAGGCACAAAGCUCCCUCUAUGAAUUCAAUGUUCAGAGAUGUCCUAAUGAUGAUGCCGAUUUCAGUUUGCAUCCCAGCUAUAACUUUGUGGUCUAUGACCUAAAUUGUGAUAUCCGAUAUCGGAAGGCCAUGAGGAAGUACAAUAAGCAGUUUCAGCGGGAAAUGGCACACCUUAUUGCCAGUCAACAGAAUAUACUCGACCAGUACUACCUGAAAAGAAUCCUUUGCUAUAGAACCAGUUGGCCUCCUUUGCAUACGAAGCGGGAAUUGAAUAAUUUCGUCACAAAAUUCUUUCAACUUGCGCCCAGGGAAAAGAAGCGGGUGGAUUAUCUCAUGGAAACGGAUCUGGGCUGCUAAAGUUGAUCCGUUUUGCAAAGGCAAUUAUGCUAUUUACACUCAUUGCAAAAUGGUUUAAUUAGCACAUUUAUUAUUGCAAUUAUACGGAUGCUGCGCAACCUCCAGCUAAUUAGUUCAAACAAAAAAAUAUA